UAAAGAUCCGGUGGGUUUAGGAGUAAAAGUUGCAGAGCAGCACCCAAACAUGGCCGCUCUUCUGCGUCGCCUCGCCCAAAAUUCGGAUGAGAACUGCGUCUUUUAAUCCGCCUGGGCGUCUCAAGCUUCCACGAAUGAGGACACUCAUCCGUAAUCGAGUGUUGGAAUUUCAGCUUGAGCUGAAACUCUCACGCCUCUGUAGCUUUUGUAGGAGAUUCACCAUUGUCAAUGAUGAUCCUUCUGUCAAGGACAAUGGAGGGACUUCAAAGGAAGGGAGAGGAACAAGUUUACAGAGCCUUGCUGAAGCUUUUCAGGGCAAGAAAUACGAAUACAUUAGUCGACGAGAAGUCGAUAAUGUAUGUCAGAUUUUGGAAAGUGGUCCUUGGGGAUCCUCCUUAGAAAUUGCUCUAACUUCAUUUGUCCAUCAUUCUAAUUUAAUAACUGGAGUGUUGAGAAGAUUGAAGAAUGUCGACACUGCUUUCGACUACUUUAGAUGGGUUGAGAAGACGACUAAUCGAGUGAAUCCUCCGGGAGCAUAUGAUUUGCUUCUCAUAUUAACGGCGAGGGCAAAGAAAUUUGAUCAGCUUGAACUUAUUUUUGAGGAGAUCAGUCGCUCCGGAUAUUGUCCUUUUUAUAGAACGUCCGUGGAGCUAAUAUCCAUCUGCGUGAAAGCUCGAAGAUUGAAAGAGGCAUAUGAACUUAUCCAAACAAUGAGAAAGUUUGAGUUUCGACCAGCAUUUUCAGCCUACACAUCUCUAAUCGGUGCAAUGGCUGUGGUUCAUAACCCCGAGCACCCGGAUCUCAUGCUUUCCCUCUUUAAUCAGAUGCAGGAGUUAUGUUAUAAGGUUAAUGUUCGUCUAUUCACUACUUUGAUCGGUGCAUUUGCCCGUGAUGGCCGAGUCGAUAUCGCUCUCAACUUGGUAGACAAGAUGAAGGAUAGUUCCAUUGAUGCAGACUGUUUUCUGUAUAACGUCUGCAUUGACUGCUUCGGUAAGGCUGGUAAGGUGGAAACAGCUCGGAGAAUCUUUAACGAGAUGAAUGACAAUGUUCUGUCGCCCGAUCCUGAUAAAGUGACAUAUACAAGCAUGAUAGGAGUUCUCAUUCGAGCAGGUAGGAUAGCCGAAGCAGUUGAGUUGUUCGAACAGAUGGAGCUGAAAUGGGAAGUUCCACCCCCACGGGCUUGUAGUGCAAUGAUAAUGGGCUAUGGAUACGCCGGAAUGUUCGAUGAAGCGUAUAAGUUAUUGGAGAAACUAAGGUUGAAGGGGUCGAAACCGAGUGUAAUUACUUACAACUGCCUUCUUACUUGCCUUAGCAAGAAAGGAAGAGUCGACGAGGCCAUAAAAAUCUUUAACGAGAUGAAAAAUGACGCCAAACCGAAUGUAUAUACAUAUAACAUUCUUGUGGACAUGCUUUUCAGGUCGGGGAACAUCAACGCAGCUUUGGGAAUGCGAGACGACAUGAAAACUGCUGGAUCUUUCCCGGAUGUUGUGAAUACAAACAUUAUGAUUGAUCAGUUGUGUAAAGCUGGAAAAGUCGAUGAGGCUUGCUCGAUCUUUGAGCGCUUGGAUCGGACAGUUUGUGUCCCAAAUAGGCGUACAUAUUGUUCUUUGAUCGAUGGCUUGGGUAGGCAGGGAAGAGUCGACGAUGCUUAUCGAUUGUAUGAAAAGAUGUUGGAAUCCGAUGAGACGCCGAAUGCAGUUGUCUAUACGACCCUCAUCCGAAGCUUUUUCAACUCCGGCAGAGAGGACGUAGGACACAAGGUUUACGAGGAAAUGAUCGAUAAAGGCGUUUCUCCGGACGUUACACUACUCAACACGUAUAUGGAUUGUGUUUUCAAAGCGAACGAGACAGAGAAAGGUAGAGUUUUGUUCAAGGAGAUUAAAGCGCGGGUUAAACCCGACACACGGAGCUAUACGAUUCUUAUGCACGGCCUCAUGAGGGCGGGAUUCGCACACAAAACGACUUUGCUCUUUGAUGCUAUGAAGGAACAAGAUUGUGUUCUUGAUACCCCUGCUUAUAAUGCCAUUAUAGCCGGGUAUUGCAGAUCGGGUGAAGUCGACAAAGCUUUCCAGCUUCUACAAGAAAUGAAAGAAAACGGUAACCGACGAACGGCAGCUACCUACAGUUAUCUCAUCAACGGGUUCGCCAAGAUCAACAGGCUCGAUGAAGCGUAUAGCCUCUUUGAAGAAGCAAAAUCGACAGGGACAGCAUUAAACACAGCUGCCUAUAACAGUCUAGUCGAUGGAUUCGGAAAGAUGGGAAGAAUAGACGAAACGUAUCUUAUCGUCGAGGAAAUGAUGGAAAAGGGCUUAGUACCAAACAUACAGACAUGGAAUUCCUUACUUGAUGCAUUAGUGAAGGCGGAUGAGGUCGAUGAAGCUCUCGUCUGCUGGAAGUCGAUGACGGAUAUGGAAUGCGCACCAAGCCCUGUAACAUACGGAAUCAUUAUAAACGGAUUAUGCAGAGUUCGGAAAUUCAAGAAAGCGAUUGUGUUUUGGCGGGAGAUGCAGCAUAAAGGGGUGAAAGCUGAUGUGAUCACGUGGCGAAACAUGAUCGUCGGGCUUGCGAAGGCGGGAUAUGUGUAUGAAGCUGAUGAGGUGUUGAAGAGAUUCAUAGGGGAAGGAGGUGUAGCUGAUUCAGAGUGCUAUAAUAGUGUGAUUAAAGGGUUGUGCAGAGCUAAUAGAGCAAUGGAAGCGUACCGAAUGUUCGAAGAAAUGAGGUCGAAUGGCUCUCAUCGUUCGUGUGGUAAGACUUUGGGCAUACUCGAGGAUGCCUUGCACAAGGCGGGAUGUCCUGAUCUGGCAUCUACGGUUAGCGAUGUACUAAGGGAGAACAGUUGAGCGUAAGAAUUUCUCCUGAUGCUCGCAUCGAAUGCACCCUUAAUUUUUUAUACAUUCGGCUCAGUUUAGAGUGUUUUUAGACGAACCGAACCAUUCGUGAACUUGAUUCAUUUUGGCUCGAUUAAAACUCGUCCACGAAUAUUAACGAGUCGAGUCGAGUUAACGAACGAACCCGAGCUUUGUUAGUUAAAGUAAUAUAUUGAGGGUGUGUUUGUUUGAGA